AUGGAAAGUGUGGAAAGAAGUGGAAGCAGUGAAUGGGAAGAGAAGAUGACAAAGAAGAAGGAGAAGGGAGUGUUGCUAGAAGGAUUCGUAGACGCGGAUCUUGCAAGAACAAAAAGCUUAACAGAUGAAGAUCUUGACGAGUUGAAAGGAUGUUUAGAUCUAGGAUUCGGAUUCAGUUACGAUGAGAUUCCUGAACUAUGCAACACUCUGCCGGCACUAGAGUUAUGCUAUUCGAUGUCGGAUUCUUCUCCGUCGUUUGCGAAUUGGAAGAUCUCGAGUCCAGGUGAUCAUCCUGAAGAUGUUAAAGCUAGGUUGAAGUACUGGGCACAAGCCGUUGCUUGUACCGUUAAACUCUGUAGCUAA